CUACUUUAUUAUUUUUUCAUAGUAUUUAUAUCAGUCAAUGUAUCGAGAAUUUUUGUAUACACACAUCAAACCAUACACAAUCACGAGUUUCUAUUGGUUUCCAUGUUUGUUAGCAAAUUAGUAAAUUGUUUUAUGAAUUGUCGAAUCUGUAUUCUCAAACUGGUAAACAUUGUUAUAAAGCCAUCAGGAAACAAAUUUGAGUUUAACUAAAUGAAAUAUUUUUGCAAACUGAGCAACUCCCCAUCUUCCUGAUUUUUAAUCACACAAAUUAUUGCAGGAUGCGGCUGAUUGUGAUUUCACUAGUUUGGUGGUUUUACGGAACUUCAGUUGCGCCGAUUUCUAGCCAAGACGACUGGAAAUGUCCAGAGAUAGCCGAACAACCGGUGGUGGAGUGCAGUUGCGACAUGCCUCAUACCUUGAGGUGUACCGGAGACAAAUCUGCCAUGGAGAUAAUCGGUAGAAAAUUACGAACUUUAAAAACAGCGUCUGUCUCCCUUCUAGACUGUACUAUUCAAAACGUGACCAUUAUUUCUGGACCUCUGUUAGAAGGAGUUGCUCUUCAUGGACUGGUAAUCUCAUCGGGAGAGAUCAGAGAAAUACAUCCUACUGCCUUUCAAAGGUUUGGAUCCCCAUUGCAGGCACUGGGACUUCCAAACAAUCAACUGGUCAAUGUGCCUACGUCAGCACUUAUUUCAAUUCCGGAACUGGAUAGGCUGGAUCUUUCUGGAAACAAGAUGAAGUCAUUGAAUCAAGAUUCCUUUAGGGGUUUGAGGAAUCUCUCAUUCAUAGAUCUGAGCAACAAUAUCCUUUCCAAAAUCACCCCAGACGCCUUCAAUAACCUACCCCAACUGAAAACUCUUCGACUUCGAGGCAACAGGCUCUUUCUACCCACCAUCACCAAAAUCGAUCCUCUUCCAACAAUAGAAGAACUGGACCUAUCAGAAAACAGUCUCAAUGGACCCCUGGGACCCAAAACUUUCUCUAUAAUGGAUUCCCUCAGAGACUUGCAACUUUCCCACAACACUCUGAGUAGUAUCAGAAUGGGAGCGCUGGAGGGGCUGGCGAAUCUGACAUCAUUAAGACUUCAACACAACCAAAUAGACGUUAUAGAAGACCACGCGUUCAGUCAUACAACGCAGCUAGUCAUCUUAGAUUUGGCCCACAACAGGAUUGUUGCUGUGUCUGGAUCAUCGCUAGCACAUCUGAACUACCUCACAGACCUGGAUCUGCGACAUAACUUCCUGCGAGCCCUCACAGCAGACUUGAUAUUACCUCUGAGGAGCCUCAAAAGCCUGCGGCUAGAUGACAACGAUAUUUCAAUCGUGUCCAGUGAUGCUUUCAAACCUACCACUGUGCUAGAACAUUUUACCUUAUCUGACAACCCUCUCAACUGUGACUGCAGCUUGGGUGAUUUCAAUAUGUGGCUGCGUAACUCCAGUCUUAGCGAAGAUGAUAAAUCGAGUGCCGUAUGUACAACUCCUCCUUCUUUAGAGAACGGUCUAUUAGUGGAGGUGCCUCCUAAUGACCUCCUCUGUGGCAAUGAUGAAGAAGACGCUAUGAUGGCACCUUUGGCAGCACCUUUCAGGGCGAAGAUCAACCUUAAAGACUUCCGGUUUGACGGUACUGAUGUCAAGCUACAGUGGAGUGUCGAAGACGAAGCUUCUCCAUAUACUUGCGACGCCAUAUUUGUCUAUGAAGAAGAAGGUCCAAACGAGGUUUUGGUAGAGUCAAGUCCCAUCAAGUGCAACUCUUCCGAAAUGCUCGAUCCUAAAAUUCUAAAUGUUACUGUUCCUCAUGCUAUUCAACUGCGCCAGCGACAUAUGUACAGGUAUUGUGUCGUGUUGUUAGAGGCAGGUCAGUCAGACGAUGUGGCUCUGAUACUUGGCUGCUCUGAUGUACUGCCUUUGAUUCAGAAUGUAAAAGUUCAACAGACUACCAACUACUCUGUGAAGCUCCCUAAAGUAAUAUCUAUCGAGGCGAAUCUUACCAGUAAUGGAGUGCUUUCUAUAAACAUCAACGUCUACCCACAAACUCGUUGUGAGUUGAACGUUGCUGUCCUGCAGCAAUCUGCUCUGCUAUCUCAAAGGCAGCUCAGUUGCGAUAGUCCCAAAUAUAAUUUCAUAGGGUUGAAUGAGGGAUCUUAUAGAGUAUGCGCCAAUAUUAUGAAAUCUGGACCUAUUGUGGACUUCAACAAGUCCAGGUGUAUUACUGUUUUCAGAAGGGAAGUUAGGGGGAUCUCACAGUUGGAUAUGGUCUUCUUGUCGCUUUUCUUGGUGUUAUGUUUGAUUGUUAUAGUUUUGGUAUGGGGAGCGAGAAAGGUUUGGUCACGGUCUAAAUAUGAGACACAACGGUGUUUUAUAGCUCCGGAGUGUGAUGAAGAAGUGCAGCAUCCCGGUUACACAAAGUUUCAACCGGCUAGCAAGCAGGCAACUACAGAGUUGUGAAGCGGAGGUGGAGUUUAUUGUGCCAUAUAUUUUUGUAAUAUUUUACGAAACAGAAAAUUGAAUUAUGAUGUUCGUUAUCUUCAUUUCAGUGUUGCCUAAUGUUCAUUGUGUUGAGAUUGUAAUUUUUUUCAGGUGAAAAUGAAUGAUUCAAUUUGGAUUAAAUAAUUUUUGCUUGUAGAAAUUUAUAAUAUACAAGGUCAUUCAGGGAGGCUACAUUUUGAAGUAUUGGAAUAUACAAUAUUUUCUUUUUAAUUUGAAUAUACGAGUAAUUUUGAAGUCAAAUCUAAAUAUAGUUACUCAACAAGUCCUUUGAAAAUAGAGAAAUAUAUAUCUCGGAUGGAAAAUGUUCAAUAUUCUCCAUCCACUGAUAAUUCUGUCUUGAUUCAACAUUUCAACUUUUGUUUCAACAUUGACUUCAUAGUGAGCAAUGAUAAAUUGUGCAGCAAGAAAAUUCAAAGUAGAACUUCAUGAAUGAUCUUGUUUGAGGGAGAUUGUCUCAGUAGUUUGUUUGGAUUUGAAAAGGAAAGAAGAAAUCAAUACUUUUUUUCAAUGUGUCAGACCAAAGUAUGGAAUGAAAUAAUAUUCCCAGAAGACAAAUAUCAUGGAUGAAUGAAGUUUGCUAUAGUUUCUGUAAUAAUGUGUUAAAUAUUUAGUUUCAUAGCGAAAUUCCAAAACAGCUCAUUCUCAACGAUUGCCGACAGGUUUUUAGUUUUCUAUCGACACCUAGAUGGUGCUACUAUCAGGUUUGUUAUUCAAGGACCGAUUAGUAUAACUAUCCCAGAGGCAAGGAAGAUAAUAAUUCAGGAACUUCAUGAAUACUCGUGGUCUUUUUUAGUGGAGAAUAUACUGAAGUGCUUUCAACGAAGGGGCUCUCGAUUUCACUUCACAGAUUAUUUGGAGUUGACAUUAGAGAAGAAAUAAAGAUAUAUGUUAAUAAAACAAGUAAAGUAAAGUAAAUCCAAGAAAUGAAAUUUGUGAAAUGAGCAAUUUUUUAUCAUAUUCUGAAUAUUUAUUUCUCAACGAAAAUAGUUUGUUUGGGGAAUUUGAGGAGUUCCUUAUAAUUUAUAGCUGUAUCAAACCUUUUCAAAUCUGUGGGAAGUCUAUUGAUGCUUCUAUUCAUGUGAUUAUUUUGAGAAGUGCUUCAGUAUAAAUUUCAAGAACUGUACAAACUACGUAUAAAAAAUAUUGUUUAUCUAUGCAACUAAUAUUAUGUUUGUGAUUCACUAAACAGAUCUAUGUGUGGGUGCUACUAAAUUUAGAUGUGUAGGCUUAGUUUCUCCAAAAUCUACAAUACUGUUGAUGAGCGUCUAUGCAUUAAUAUCAUGUAUCAAAUUACUUUUAUCAAGCUUGUUGGAACUCGAACUCAAAGGCAUUGAAACGAUUCUUUUGGUGUCUGUAAGAGAAAUAUAUUAAAAAAUCCAAAGACUUUUAUGAAAAAAUGAUAGAUUCAAAAUGAAGCUCCUUUAUGUAGGAAAAGGUAAUGAUGGCUUUCAGUUUCCGAAAAUUAUUGGAUACAAAUAAUGAAUGAAUGGGUAUAUUGAAGCUAUAUUCCGGGUUUUUUGAUCGUGCCUAACGUUCUGCCCACUACUGCGGUGAAAAUUAUCAAAGACGAUGAGGUAACGGGUGAAGCACUCGAAUAGUUUCCUACGUAAUUAGAUUACCUGACCUCAUACUUGUACAGUUGAAAACAGGUAGCCAGAUUUCAUUAUUCAUUGCCUCUUUCUUUCUAUUGAAAGGAAUAAAAACUCUAACCAUCAGCCACAACAAAAGAGAGGAGCAACGAAGUAGAAUUCAAGCAGGCCAUACGACCCAGGAGAGAGAACAGCAAAGCAACCCCAGCUAGGAACGUUGAGGGAACAGCUUUACUUCCCCGUGUUAAAAAUGUUACAGACCGGAUCGGGAUAAUUUUAGAGAAACACGAGGUGAAACCAAUAUUUAGGCCAACGGAAACUAUCAGACGAAGUAUAAGGUAAUCUAAGGAGCUCAGAGAACUUUUAGCAACACCACGUAUGUACCGGAUACCUUGUAGCUGCGGGUUGGUCUACAUUGGAACCAAACGAUAUAGUGAAACCUACCUUCCAACAGUUCCCCUUUGAUAAUAUAGUCACGGAGCUAACUAAUUUCGUUAUUCAAUAAUCUUUUAUGAUUAUGUAAGAA